CCGGGAGUGACAUGAGAAUCUGCACAACUUUGCCAUUUAAGCGAGAGCCAAACCAAGAGACGCUCCCAACUCUUCUGCGCGUCACACAUUUUUCAAAGUUCUGGAUAUAAAGGGGACGAGAUGAACAUGAAAAAAGCAGUAAAAGAUCUGUUUAUUAUCCUCUUCGGCACCGUUCUUCUCGUCAGAACUUGGAGAGAUGUGAGCCAACUAUCUCAAACAUAUCAAAUAAAACCAGUCGAAAACAAGAGCGCGAUUGUGGAGGAUAUGGCGCCAUGGCAGAAAACCAUGUGUGCUAACCAACGAGAACAGUUUCUUUUUGAUGACAAUCUGCAGAGUCUCCCUCUGAUGCACAGAGACGUUGCACCAAAGGUCAACUUGCAAAACAUCUUUAUAGUAGAGACUGGUUGCAAUCCUCAUCCUUUAUAUAGAACUUGGUGCUCAGUAGAGAGCUGGGCAGGUCAACACCCAGAUAAGGACCUGUGGUACAUCUUAAUUUCUCCAUUCAUAAGCGACACUACAGGAAUCCUGAAGAGCCUUCUCGACCAGUAUCCUAACAUCAGGGUUGUUAGCAGUAACUUCAGAGAGGUAUUUAAGGUGACGCCUCUCUGGGAUCUCUUCAAUUCUGAUAAAUGGCUGAAGAACACAGACUGGCCGGAGUCAAACCUGAGCAACAUGGUGAGAGGGGCCCUCGUGUGGAAGUUGGGAGGCGUUUAUACAGACUCCGACACCAUCUGCAUAGCGAACACGAACAAGUUCACCAACGCAGUAGGACUCUAUAAAGACACCGGCGUGAAUGGAGCAGUUCUGAUUGGCCAGCCUCGGCACAAGGCGUACUGGAUGCUCAUGGAAGACAUCAAGGAGAAUUUCAAGGGCAACGUCUGGGGUCAAAACGGCCCCGCCGCCAUCACAAGAGUGAUGAAUCAGUUGUGCAAAGGAGCCAACUUGUUCCACAUCGCCAGAAACGAAGGGGGCUGCCAGAACAUGUCCCUGCUCACACCUCGGCACUUCUAUCCCGUACCUUACCAGGAACACAAAAGCUUCACGGCUGAGAGAACGGAAACGGACUUGGAGAAGCUUUUCAAAGAUUCGUACGUCCUGCAUUUCUGGAAUAAGAUGACGAAGAAUGAUACAAUCAGACUGGGAAGCAAGAGUAUCCUGGAAACUGCUGCAAAGAAGUUUUGUCCCGUUACGUACAGAUUUGCAACGAUGCAUUCGAAAUUCUUUUAAAAAAAACUGGCCACAGUCAUCUGCACCGUUUGAAGAACAGAGCACACUUAUUGCGUCUUGCACAAUUCUCUAGUUCUCACUGAGACUUUCGCCACGGAUUGAUAUUUGCUACAGGUUUCGCGUGUGUCUUUCCUUUGAACAAUGUUCAUAUUACCCUUGCCAUGAUUCCCAGUAGUAAAGAUAAGAAUA